CGCAUUCCUGCUAGCAGGUUAGACAAAAUCAUUUUCAUUCGACGAGAAAGUUGAUGUUUAUAUCGAAUAUCAGCUGUUUUCUGUUUUGUAGGCAGCGACGCAAUAUUUUGAAUACAAGGAAAGCAUGCCGUUCAUCUCGAAAGACUGGAGAAGUCCAGGAGAGGCCUGGGUUAAAACUGAGGAAGGAUGGGAGAAGAAAAAGGUGCUCGAACACUGCAAACAGAUCAGAUAUCAAGAAAGCAAGGAAGAAGAAAAGGAGAACAUAGAUAGUGUUCAGCAAUCAACAAGCCACCAACCUCACUGUCAUAUCACAGUAAAAAGUACUAAGGAGAUUGCAGGGUUCAAUGAGUUAGACGAAGCAGUAAAACGCUUGGACUUCCGUAGCGCAGUGCGAGAUGUUAGACGCUUCAAUUACAUUUGUGCACUUUUGGACCAUCUAAUUGGGCAACAAAUGACCGGCAUGUCCGGUUGUACGCAAAAAGCUCUACUAGCCAUGUUAGAAGAAGUCGCUCGAUAUGCAACAACUAGCCAACACAACCCCAGAGGCUUUCGAAGACUGUUAAAUAAAUUAAGAGCUCUCAGCACCGCCGAAAGAUCUUCAUGUUGGGGAGGUCCGUUGGGGUCGCAAUUGCUUUGGCACCAACACACAGCAAAAAUUGACCGAAUUCUCAACAUGGCCUCAGAGUUUCAAAUCAAAGAACCACAUCCCGAUUUGCAUCCAAAGCUGCUUAACCUGCCGGAAGAAUGCAUCAGGGAGAUUAUCCUAAGACUGUCCGACCAUCGAGAUUUGACUGCAAGUGCUCAAUCCUGCGACGAAAUUUGCUCGAUAGUUAAUGAGCAAAGAGUGUGGCGAGAAUUAACUAAGUUCCAUUUCACUACUCAACAAAUUGAACUAGUCCUACCAAAGGAUACUGAGACAUUGGACUGGAAGAUAAUUUUUAAUUCAUUGAAAAAGGUAUAUGGUUUGAAUGAAGAGCGUCAAUAUGCAGAAAUGUUAUCGCUUUGCAAAUAUUGCCGCUGUCUAUUUUGGAAAUCAUUGGGACAUCCUUGCAUUGCUGAACAGUGUCCCGAUUUUAAAGCGCGUUUACAGGAAGCCGGAGGAAUUACUCCACCCGCCCCUGUGCCACCUUCCGCUUUUCUCAAAUUUUUCUCAUUGUAAAUCUGUUCACAAACUGCCUAAAUCUAAUAAAUUUCAUAUAGGAACGAUGUUGUUUCAUCACCCAUAUGUGAAAUUAAUUUCAAAUGAUUUUUAAAAAAAUCUCACACAGCUGCCAGUUAAAAAAGGGGCAAAGUUAUACACGUUUGUGAAAAUUGUUUAACCAUUGGGUACAAAAUUUACCGCGAUUCUGUCCUCGAAACGAAAGUAGUUUAUAAAAUAACUAUUUACUGGAAUUUUUUGUAUUAUUUGAGUUUAUUAAUUUUAGAUUGCAUAAGUAACAUUUUUGUAAGUAGUAAAGCUGAAACUUUUAAAAUAAAAUAGCAUAUUUGACAAAAAUGUUUUACUUGACUGAAAAGAUAGCUGACUGAUAACUAAUGGAUAUAGUUCUAAUCGAGCUGUGAAUUUUUAAGGCGUAUAUUACGUUCUGGAAAGCUCAACAGUUUAUAUAUCCGGUGACUGAUACCAAAAAAAUAUUGAUCUCACUCAAUACUCAAGUUGUAAAGAAAUAACAAUCUUAUGCUAGAAUGGUAUUUGAAAGCAUUACAUUUUUGUCAAAUUUCGACGAAUUAAUAUACAUAAGGCAUAGCAGUAACGGUAGUAUUGAAUUGACGAAAUUAUAUUUUGUUAUGCUUGAACUGCAUUGUGAUAUAUUUAAGUUUAACACCCGUGGGCUGCUAAAAUUCUAAAAAUAUUGUUUCCGAUAUCUCCUAACAUAAAAAUAUUUUUACUUACACUUCAAGUA